CCUGUGGUCUGGCAUGGUCUACGUAAUUGGGAUCGAGAUGGCUGUCAUAGCUGCUGCCUGCGCAGCCAGAGCCCCGAAAACAACAACAACAACAACAACAACAGCACACACACACACACACACACACACACACACACACCACACACACAGGACUUUAAGACUGCACAUCGCCUCUCUCUCUCUCUCUCUCUCUCUCUCUCUCUCUCUCUCUCUCUCUCUCUCUCUCCCUCUCCCUCCCUCUCUCCGGUCUGUGGGAUGCUCGGGCUCUCUGGAUGGACGAGCCCUCGGAGUCACCACCAUUACAUCAUCUGUUCCCGCACAGCCGAACACCAAACGGGAGCUUUUUUAAUAUUUAACCGGGAUCCCGAUCGUUCAGACCGAGCAGCUCCAUAAAGGACUCUGUGGGGAUUAUUACAGCACAUCAACAGCACUGUCUGCGGGGAUGAUGGCGUUUCAAUGAGCGGGGAGGAGAGGAGGGGGAGAGGAGGAGAGACGUGCACCGUCAUCAGCAUCUGUCCGCCAGCUCCCUUUGUGUUCACCGGAGAAUGUGAAUGGCGAAAGAUGACAUGGCAGAGGUAGAUUUGGCAUCAAACGGAGCGGAACCCCCCGGCGAGGCCUCCUCGGCGUUUCCCUACGAGGAGUACGAAUGCAAGAUCUGCUACAAUUAUUUCGACCUUGACCGCCGGGCUCCUAAGAUCCUAGAGUGCCUGCACACGUUCUGCGAGGAGUGCCUGAACACGCUUCACCUCCGGGAGGAGCGGCCAUGGCGCAUCAGCUGCCCCGUCUGUCGCCACCGGACUCCGGUGCCGGAUUAUCGGAUACAAAACCUGCCCAACAACACCAAGGUGACGGAAGAUUUCCCGCUCUACAUCGACUCGGACCCCCUGCCUCAGGACGCUUUGCCGCCGUACCCUCCCCCGCUGCACCCAGCCCUCGUCGCCCUCCGACGGGAGGAGGCGUCGGGGACGUCCAGCGCCAGCCAGGCGACCGCGUCCACCACCGUGUCCACGGCCACGACUCUCUCCCAGGACUCCGUGCGCUACGACAGCUGUCAGAGCUGCAAGAGAGUGGCGCUGACCACCGGCUGCGUCUGCGUGAUCUUCUCCUUUCUGUCCAUGCUGGUGUUGCUGUUCAUGGGCCUGAUCUUUGUGCACAGUCACAGCAUUCCUCCCUCGCCGGCGGGACCCAUUUGCUUGUCGGUAGCCAGCAUCCUGGCCAUGUUCUCGGUGGUCGUCACAUGGCUCAUCUGCUGGCUCAAAUACAGACCGGACCAUGAGACAGGCCGCUCAUCCGCCACCAGUAACUCCCGGAGAAACGCCUGACAGGCUGCUGGCUCUGAUACUGAUGGAGAUGUAGUACUGUGGGUGUGUGAUUAUGUACAUAAUACUGGUCUACUCCUGCUCCCUUUACUUUUUCUAGGAAUCAAUCUCGUCCAAAAUGGCCUUUUACCAGUACAGCAAACACCCAAAGGCCUUCAUGUUGUUUGGAGCAAUAGGCCGACAUGAUCCUUGAUAAUCUUUUCCUUAAAUGAUGCACUUGAAUCCACAGUUGACUGGGUUGACUCUUGAGGAGUGAACUUGUCCAAGACUUAGACCCUCUGUUGUUGGUCUAAGCUGGGUUGGUUUGAUGACUGAAUGUGAAGUGCUUAGUUCCAGGGUUUGAGACCCUCCCCACCAUAUCCUGAUAAAUAAUAUGCAUAUCCCACUAUGCCACUCACUGUAUGAUAACUGUCCAUGAUGAUUCACUCUUAUAUCUCAACCAAGCACUAUUGUAUUGUACAGAUAUUUGGCAAUGUUCACGCCUGAGUUUUCAGGUUUAUGUGAGAAGCCUCUGAAAUGUCAUUCCGUUACAAAGAAGUCGUACCCACAAUCCAAACUGUAAAUAGUCCACAGAGAAGUGGGGAGGGGGACUGGACAGGUGCGAUCAGCCUGUCUUAAAGACCUUGCGCUUUAACUUAUCCUACAGGAUGUUUCCUUUCUCACAAUGAAAACUGCACCUCUACCAGGUGUUUUCCAGAGACGGCGUGUGAUUUGGACCCUGAGUUUGGCUACUUUUGUGCAUGUUAGGCUCCCGAAAGGUCAAGGCUUUUUCCUUUUUCUUUUUUUUUUUUCACUUUUUUUUGUUUAACAAAAAGGGACAUUGUGUCUCCUGACUCGUGUGCCUCACCUUAUUGCUGAAUAAAGCAAAACUUCUCACGAUCCAAAUCAUGCACGGGGGCCUCCCACCACAGACAGCGUCCAUGCAGCUGGGGUGUCGGCAGGGAUUUCCUCUUUCUGUCACAUCAUCAUUCACACAUCAGAAGUUGAAAACAGGGUUUCCAACACGGAGCUGUUGCCUCCCACACUGGCACCUUUUUAUAGUUAUGGAAAAUGUGGGUCUUUGGAUCUGGCUUUGAAGUAAAGGUCAGAAUGGUUAAUAGUGAUGUUAAACAGGUAUAAUCCAGGCUAAAGUCCACCCUCAGCUGCUUCAAUGUUCACUCCUCAUCUUCUUUCAAAGCCACAUGUGAGAAGAAUCUAAAAGAUCUGUUUCUUGGCCGGGCCAGACACGAUAAAGAACUUAUUAAAGGAUGUAUUUGGUGUCACUCUGGUUCCUCCGAGAUUGUCAGGAGUCAUAAUUACCUCUGGAAGCUGAAAAACUCAGAUUAGAAAGAGGCACAUAAGAAAGAAGAAAAACACUACAGUAUGAGCAGAGAAGGUUUGUGUUAUUUCAGUGCCUGCACUAACACAAUGCAAAUAUUUAAUUCUCUUAAACUAAAACCUGAUAGAAUUCGGUUUGUUUUUUUCCACAGAAAUACCCUGCGGGUCUGUAUCAGAACAGGAACACUGAAUUAACUUUUCAGUGUAAUCAAAAAACUGCUUCUUAUGGAUAUUACUGUGAACCGUUGGUAAAUUCUGUGUAUGUAACUGUCGCUACAACCUAUACAAUUAUUUAUUUAUAGUUCUUGAAUAUGGCAAAAAAGUCCUUAUUUGUGGUGCAGUGUGAAGACCCUCAUAUUGACAAAUGUGUGAUGGUCCAUGAAGCAUGUGUGUUAUUGCACUCCUGUGUUAUGCUCUGGCUCCCUGACCUUCCUGUCGGCAUUUGAUAGAGAAUACUGAGAUGAUUCGGACGCCAAAGUGAUUGAAGCACUUAUUGCCCUCGCACUCUCAUGGUGUCCCUACAACACUGCACGGGGAAAAAAGCAAAAAAAAAAAAAAAAAAAAAAAAAAAAAAAAAAAACAGUCCAACAUGAUUCUUAAACCCUGAUUCCCAUGCUUGCUUCAAUCAUCCUGCUCAGCCUUCUCCCAACUGUCAGAUGAUGCACUUUCACCCUCUUAUUUGGCACAAGUAACGGGGUCCACCUUUUGACAAAUGUACGCAUAUUGUAUUUAUUUCAGAGGACCUAGAAAAUGUGGUUGGUUUUUAUGAGAAUCUGUGGUUGUUGUUGAAGUACCAAACGUAUUUGCACAGAGAAUUGUUCCUUAUGUGUUGUUUUACAUACAUAAACACAAUUUCAGUAAUAAAGGAAACAUGAAUACCCA